AUGGGUCCAUUGGUGGGCAUUAUCGGAUGCUUGUACCGCAUCGUCCGGCUCCAUCGGACCGACUUGUUGCCCCCAUUCAUUUUGGCCGGACUUCCUUCGCGAUGGGAUCUCUUUGAAGAUGAUGGCCUCGGUCCAGGAUCCCGCCCACUUCUCGCGCCGAGCCGUUCGAUCCCCCCGUUCAUGGCCACUCUAGCCUUCCUCAAGGGGCGCUCGCUCAGGGAGUUUUGGUUGAAGAAGUUUGACCCCUUGAAUCCGGCGAACUGUUCCCGGGAGAGAGUGUCGAAAGUGUUGGCGUGGUUGUAUGCCCAGGCCAAAGAGUGCCGACUCGCCGGUGUCUAUCAUGGGCGUUUCCCGUUCGCAUCCCCCCGAAGGGUUCCAGCGGGCACUUCCCCCACGGGGUAUACGCCCCCACUUCCCAACACCACUGGAGUACCGAAAACGACCACGACGUCCGGCGCGCCAACGACGUCUUCAGCUUCCGGGGUUCAGAGUACGUUCCCGGCACCCGAAGUGGUGGACUUAUUGUCCGACUCCGCUACAGUCACGGAUGAAGAGACGGUGGCCGUUGACCUUUGA